AUGCCCCACGGCGCGCUGGGCGAGCUGCUGGCGGAGGCGCAGGCGCGGCACGCGAGGGACGGGGGGCCCGGCGCGCAGGGGUUGAGCUCCCUCCUUGGGGCGGGCUCACUCAGCAUGGUCCCCUCCAUCCGGGCAGCCCUGUCCGCUGGCUCCCUGGCCCUGCCAGCCCCUGGCACGCAGCCCAACACCUUGCAGCGCCUGCUGCAGCGGGAAGGGGGCCUGAGGCCCCGCCACAACAGCCGUCUAGGCCUGCUGCCGCCCAGUGUGCCACUGGGCCACUGGGCCCACCAAAAGACGAUCCGGGGACACAGGUUCGCCGUGUACUGCGUGACGAUGGACCCUGGGGGACGGUACGUCAUCACAGGAUCGGAUGACGGUCUUGUGAAGAUCUGGUCUGUGAGGAUUGGCCUCCUGCGGAAGACCUGCAGAGGCCACCAGGGAGAAAUCACAGACCUUACUGUCAGCUGCGAUGGCAAGGUGGUUGCGUCAUCAUCAAAUGACUCAGUUAUCCGGGUCUGGAGCCUUGAGGAUGGCUCCCUUGGAAGGCCCGUCACGUCCCUGAAGGGUCACCAUGCUGCAGUGACCUACCUGGGUUUUCACCCCAAGGUCCCUCAGGCGCUGGUGAGCACAUCUUACGAUGGCAGCUGCCGUCUGUGGGAUGCUGCUGGCAAUGCUGCCCCACAGAUCGUCCUGAAUCCAGAUGAUUGCUUUGGCGAUGGGAACAACAGGUCUGUGGUCGUGGUCACCAAUGCUGUUGAAGAAGAGCUGGAUGAGGACUUGGGUGAGGAGAGAGCUGAGGAGGCUGCUGCCCCAACGCCACGUGUGGUGCCAGUGGCAGAGGCAGGUCCAUCGACUGCACCAUUUGGCUCUACGGCCCAGGGACCAAGGACAAGGGCAGCAGCUGCAGCAGAGGCAGCCUCGGUUGUGGCCCAGAGGGCCCAGAGGAGGCAGCAGGCACACCACCAGAGCACAAGUGGGGAGCAACUGCUGUGCUGCGCCUUCAGCCCAUGCGGCAGCCUUAUUGUGGCAGGUGGCAAUCGUGGCAAGACCUACAUGUGGUCAUGGCAGGUGCUGCCAAACCCGGGGAGACGAGGGCCUCGCACGCGCGAGCAGGCAGCUGCUGGCAUCCCUGAAGCGCAGUGCGAUGGGCCACUGGCACCGCCACAAUGGCCAGAGCCCACGGAGCUCUGCAUCCUGCAUGGACACGAGAAGGACAUCUCACUGGUGCAGUUUAGUCAUCAGGGCGCAGAGCUGGCCACCGCCUCCAAGGAUGGCACUGUGAGGUUGUGGCACCCAGUGAAGAGGAGGACAUCUUAUUCCCGGCCCCCCACUUGGGCAGAGUUCCAGAAGCUUGUGCCGCAAAUGACGGCACCCGAUGACGGGCGAUCAAGGCGUCGCCACCUGCAAGCACCUGCCAUCAACCAAGUUGCCUGGACAGUUGACGACCGGAGGAUUCUCGCUGCCUUGUCUAAUGGCAGCAUUUGCUGCUGGGAUGUCUGGUCGGGGUCGCUCAUCCAUCAACUGGAGGGCCACACGCAGCAAGUGCACGUCCUGGAGUGCCAUCCUAUGGACCGCCGAGUUGCAUUCUCAGCAGGCUACGAUGGUGAAACAGUGCUGUGGGACAUCGAGUUGGGCAUCAAGCUGAAGAGUUUCAGCUCCAUAGACACACACCCAGGGAGGGUCCGUUGGGCUGACCCCAUCGAGAUCGUGGACGGCCACUUCAUGCCUGGGGGUGUAGGCCUGCUGGUGUCGGAUGUGGGCGGGCAGGUCAGCCAUUAUGGCACAGGUCCCAGGGACCUUGUGGCGCGACCCCCCUAUGACCAGUUCUUCCUCAAUGACUAUGACCUGACGGUUGAAGACGGCAAUGGCCAGGUGCUGGAUGCUGAGACACAGCAGCCUGCAGAGGAGCAGGGAGAGAGGUGCUCCUUUUGUGACUUCAUGGGCAACCCCUACUCUGAGGACAUCCAGCACGCCUGCCGUCAUGGUGACCUCAGUGUGUUGCCCAUUCCUGCCCACUCGCAGGCCACCCCUGUGGGCCUGAGGCAGUACCCACCCACAGCCACAGCUGCAGCUUGGCAGGCAAAUGAGAAGGGACUCACGGAGAACAGCAUGCUGGACUGGAUCGAGCAGGCCAUGGCCAAACAGGAACUACUGGAGCAGCAGGCGGAAGCUGAACUGGAGACCAAUGCACAUGCAGGCAACGAGCACCCCGAGGCGGGUGUUUCCGUUGCCGAUGGCGAGACCUCUGCUGUGCCUGAUGCGCCUGAGGGUCUUGCAGCGAAUAAUGCGUCUGCUGCGAAUGAGGAAGAUGGCGCGAGGGAGGAGUCUAGCUCAGGGGCAGGGGGGCCCUACGAUGGUACAGAUGGCAUGCCAGGUCCGUCUGGGGAGGGCCUUGACUCUGAUUUUCAAAUGUCUUCACAGACAGGUGGUGCCAUUGAGGAGGAUGACAUGCAGGACGUGGACUAUGACCCUGGGCGGUUGAGACGGAGCCGACGGCGCAACCGGCCACCCACGAGGGCGCAGAGAUCGCGGCAGAGGCGGCGGAGGCUGGCAGAGUCCAGCGAAGAAGAGAUUGAGGAGAUGGAUGAAGAAGAGGAGUCGGCAUCUUCGACAGGGGAAGAGAGUGGCAGCGAGGGGCACCAGCGACGCGCCCGCCGUCGCGCCGCCCGGCAUCCACAGGGCUGGUACGCAGACAAUCAGUAUGGGGUGGAUGGGCAGAGGCGGCGACGGCGGCGGCAACGCUCCAGGGGCCGACGGCCAGCCAAACGCAGGAGGACGCAGUCCGGCAGGGCGCUGGGAGCUUACAACUGGCUGCAGGCUGUGGACCCCUGCAUGAAUGCCUAUGUGCCCCAGUUGGGCGAUCGGGUGGUCUACUUCUGGGAUUUGCACAGGCAGCACCUGGAGGAGACCUGUGGGCCACGGGGCAGUAUGGCCACACCCUGGAGCGACUUAUCAUCACCUCUGUCGUUUACAGAGCCCGCUGAUGUUGAGGCCAUCGAGUAUGACAUACUGUCAGUGAAGGAUGCGCCAACGAUUGCGCGCCUCACGUUGGCUUUCAGUGAACCCUCGCAUGGAAAUUUUGGCAAGAGGAUUGUUGUUGAGCUGCCACCCCCAUCGUACGGGCAUGAGGAGUUUGUGAUUGAGAGGACCAAGUUUGAGGAAGGCUUGGCCAGGGAGUGGAAGGAGGGGGACAUGUGCAAGGUUUGUUACGUUGAGGAAACUGACAGGACGGAUGGCUGGUGGACGGCAGAGAUAAAAUGUGACAAAGCGCCAGGCAUUGAUCCUUCUGAAAACAUCUGGGAAUGCAAGGCCCUCUGGGGCCGGUUUGCUGUGCAGUGGCAAGAGAACAGCGAGGGCGGGGACUUCGAGUACAGCGAGUCCAAUCUCAGCCCUUGGGAGAUGCAUCCCAACGGUGCUGCCCCUGUUGGCUCCCACAGUUGUCUGGACAAGACCACCGUUAACAGCAUCGCGGACACUAUUGUGAGCGCCAUGCAGAUGGAAGAGGCACUGCUCUUUGUGGAUGUUCUUGGUCCGGAUGAGUCCUACCCCGUUGCCGGCUCACGUGGCCGCCACAUUGAACGGCUGUACUACAACCGUGCCGUGGCACUGCCCCUGUCCUUGUCCAUCGUCCUUGAGCGCCUGCAGGACCCGUGCUACUACCGCAGCGUGCGGGCCGUGCGGCACGACCUGCGGACCAUAGUGACCAAUGCGGAGGACUUCAAUGGACGCAAUGACAGCAUUGCGGCAAAUGCAAGGGCAGUUGAGGCAGCAGUGUUGGAGGAGAUUGGCAGUAUGGAAGGGCGAGAGACGCGGGAGGCCCGGCGGGAGACACGGGAGCUGCGGCGGGAGGCGCGGGAGGCCCAGGAGGCACGGGAGGCCCAGGAGACCUGGCAGGCUAGGGAGGUGGAAGAGCCACCGGAUGGGCAGGAGAUGCUUGGCACACGACUAUCUGCUGAGGAGGGCCCAGAGGUGGUGCCGGAAGGCGAUGGCGUUCCCAGGCGCCCCCGCUCACAGCGUGCCCGCCGGCCCCGCUACGCCCUGGAGAGCUCCCUCUCCAUCGUCAGCUCAGACGCUGUCCCACUAGAUGACCCCCCGUCGUCCAUCCUCACCAGAUCCAGGUCCCAGCCCUCAGAGGUCGUCUCGCAGAUGGCUGUGAGCCGCCCGGUUCGCACCCGGCAUGAACCCGUGAGAUUUGAUCAGGGCUACGAGCUACGAUCGAGCUCAGGGCGAUCGCGCAAGCGCACGCGCUCGCUGCGCGCCAGGGAGGCGGAGGAGGCCAUGCAGGAGGAGGCGGCGGCUGAGGAGGCAGGACCCUCAAGGAGGAUGUCAGUCAGGCUGCGCACCCGCCGAUGA